AUGUGUUAGGAAGCCAUUUUAACAUGGUUUAAAAAGAUUUUAAAUGUCGACUGCGGAACUCUCUACAUCGACCUAAUAGAUGGCAUCAUCGUUGAAAAACUCUUAAAUCAAUUCAACCAACACAGUUUCCCUCUCAAGGCUGAAUAAUAUUCAGAUUCACAAUUUGUAUUCAAUUACGCCAGAAUCAAAUCCCUCAUUGAGAAUAUGUCAAAGUUUAAUUCGACUCUUCAAAUCAUCACUCCCUUGAAAAUAGUAGAAGGGAAUGAUGAAAACGAGUUAAAUAAAUUUGUGUUUAACAUAAUCAAGGUAAUCUAUGAGUGGGAUAAGGCUAAAGAAGCUCUAACUUACUUGAGGAAUGAUCAGAUUUAAUAUAUUCUAGAUUUCUUCAACAAGGAAGAAUUCGGUUAUCAAUAACAAAUAUUAUAUAAGUAAUUGAUUGAGUACGAAACUAUCAAUAACAAAUAAGAGUAACAAAUCAAUUCACUCCAAUCCCAAAUAUCACUUCUAGAGGCUGACAUCCAAAAACUAUAAAGUCAAUUAUCAACCAUGAAGGAAGAAAACGCUUCUAUGAAGGAUAAAAUAGAGCAAUUAGAAAUGAAAGAAAUAGGACAAAAUUCGAAUUUUACAAUUGAUUUUUUAAAAUAAGAAUGUUUAAAUUAUUAAUUACUUAUCAGUAACCUAGAAAAAAGGAAUGAACUACAAUAAUAAUAAAUCUAAAUAUUAAUUUAGUUUGAAUAAAAGUCUAAAGAUUUGGAAUAAGAAUUGUAAAAUCAAUAAAAUAAAAAAAUCAUUAUCGAUGAGUUGUAGGAAAAGAAUCAGAUACUCAAGGACCAAGUGAAAGUAUACGAUACCUAUUCAAAAGUGCAAAAGGAAAAUGUAAAUCUAAUCAAUUAUAAUACUCCAAAUCAUACCCACUGUGAAUAAGAAAUACUCAAACUAAAAAAUAUAAUCGCAGCAUAAGAGUAAUAAAUCAGAAAUUAGUUUUAAAUCAAAUAAUACACCCAAGAAACCCCAAAGAUUCCAAAACCUAAAGUAAAUUGCUUAUCAGAAUAAAAAUUAAAAAAAACAUGUUGUUCUGAUGACAAAUUGUAGAAAUAGAAUGACAUGCUAAGGUAGAUUAUCUCCAAGUUUGAAAUUCAAUAACAAUCCACAUUACUUUCCGUGAACAAAAGUCAGAGAGGGAAAUCUUUAAAUAAUUGA